CUCGGAGGGCGGGCGCGGGCGGAAUGGGGACUGCAGCUGCGGCAGCGGCGGCGGCCGGGGAGGGGGCGCGUAGCCCGAGCCCCGCCGCCGUGUCGCUCGGCCUGGGCGUGGCCGUGGUGUCGAGCCUGGUGAACGGGUCCACGUUCGUGCUGCAGAAGAAGGGCAUCGUGCGUGCCAAGCGGCGAGGUACUUCCUAUUUAACAGACAUUGUGUGGUGGGCUGGCACAAUCGCAAUGGCUGUUGGCCAGAUUGGAAACUUCCUGGCUUACACGGCGGUCCCCACGGUCCUGGUAACUCCCCUGGGCGCCCUUGGAGUGCCGUUCGGAAAGGAGACGGGAUUAAGAAUAACCAAAGCGGCCGGGCGCAGUGCCGUCUGUGUUCCAGUGUUUGUGGGCUACCUGUGCAUCGUGCUGCUCAUGCUGCUGCUGCUCAUCUUCUGGAUCGCACCGGCCCACGGGCCCACCAACAUCAUGGUCUACAUCAGCAUCUGCUCCUUGCUGGGCAGUUUCACCGUGCCUUCCACCAAGGGCAUCGGGCUGGCGGCCCAAGACAUCUUGCAUAACAACCCGUCCAGCCAGAGAGCCCUCUGCCUGUGCCUGGUGCUCCUGGCCGUGCUCGGCUGCAGUAUCAUCGUCCAGUUCAGGUACAUCAACAAGGCGCUGGAGUGCUUCGACUCCUCGGUAUUCGGGGCCAUCUACUACGUCGUGUUUACCACGCUGGUCCUGCUGGCCUCGGCCAUCCUCUUCCGGGAGUGGAGCAACGUGGGCCUGGUGGACUUCUUGGGGAUGGCCUGUGGAUUCACGACCGUCUCCGUGGGGAUUGUCCUUAUACAGGUGUUCAAAGAGUUCAAUUUCAACCUUGGGGAGAUGAACAAAUCUAAUAUGAAAACAGACUAGAUGGCAACAGGGGCUUGGAUGCUUCGAGGAACAGGCAUUGGAGGUGGUUUCUGGCCCUGAUUGGAUGUGAAGUAGAAGAGGUCCUCGAUCAUGGUGUUAGAGUUGACUGGAUAGUAACAGGUGGUCUGGUGGACAGCGGGGAGCAUGGCUCAGCACCAGAGCAGAGGCCCAGCCAGCCCUCUGCAGCCCAAAGGUGCCCAGCGGUUGCCUGGCACCAUCUCUCUCUGAUGAGACGAAUCUCAUUUUCAUUUCCAUUAACCUGGAAGCUUUCAUGAAUAUUCUCUUCUUUUAAAACAUUUUAACAUUAUUUAAACAGAAAAAGAUGGGCUCUUUCUGGUUAGUUGUUACAGGAUAGCAGAGACAUUUUUACUUAGACUGCUUUGGAAAUGAGAGAUUGUUGUCUUGAACUCUGGCACUGUACGGUGAAUGUGUCUGUAGUUGUAUUGGUUUGCAUUAAGCAUGUAUAACAUUCAAGUAUGUCAUCUAAAUAAGAGGCAUAUACAUUGAAUUGUUUUUAAUCCUCUGACCAGUUGACUCUUCUACCCCCACCCCCACCCAAGACAUUUUAAUAGUAAAUAGAGAGAGAGAAGAGUUAAUGAACAUGAUGGAGUGUUCCACUGGCAGGAUGACUUUUCAAUAGCUCAAAUCAAUUUCAGUGCCUUUAUCACUUGAAUUAUUAACUUAAUUUAACUCUUACUGUGUAUAUGUUCUUAGAUUAGAAUACUGUAACUUCCUUGAGUAUGCUUUAAUAUUUCAAUAUUCAAGUUAUAAAUGUAUAAGGCAGUUAGAAAUAAUACAGUCACGUGUCACUUAAUGACAGGGCAACAUUCUGAGAAAUGCAUUGUAAGGUGACUUUAUUGUGUGAACAUCAUGGAGUGCACUUACACAAACCUAGAUGGGCCACCUAUUACCCACCCAGGCCAAUGGCACAGCCUGUUGCUCCUGGCCUACACACCUGUACAGCAUGUGACUGCACUGAAUACUGCAGGCAAUUGUAACACAGUGGUGAGUAUUUGUGUUUCCAAACAUACGAAGGGUACAGUAAAACUGUGGUAUUAUAAUCCUAUGGGACCACCGACAUGUAAGUGGUGUGUCUUUGACAGAAACAUGGCUACGUGGUGCAUGACUGUAUAUUCAUUGGAAGAUAGUCAAGACUAAAGACGCAUUAGAGCAAAUGGACCCACUUAACAUGUGAUUAUUGUCCAAUUAAAGACAGUUGAUUUAAGCAGCAUGAGUUAUUAUUUGUAUUCAAUCUAUGUACCUGGGAUCCAGUAUCAAAUAGAUCCACAUUCUUUAUCAGCAAGCAUUUAUGGCCAUUCAGAAGAAAUAAAUUAGGUAACUUGAUAAUAAGGCUAAGUGGGAGAAAACCUGUUCAACAGCUCAUAAAUCAAGUACCCUGUCACACAGGAACAGGUUAAAGGACACAAUUGAGGUUAGGCUAGUUUCUACAGACUGCAACACACAGUUUUCAAAAGAAUUUCUAACAAGCCAAUGGAUGUAGCCGUCUCCUUGUUGUUUGCAAUGGCAGAGCGUCCUGGAGUUCCUUAUCUAACCUUUCAUUUUAUGUCUUAAUUGCAAAAGAGCCAUUAAUUAUGCCAGUAUUUGAAUCAAAGAGGUCAUUCUCUGUAAUGUUCCCAUCCAUGUGUUCCAAAUGGGAGCAAAGCAUGAAGUGAUGCAAAUAUUUCACCACGGUAUCAUGUACUUCAUGGCCAGUGUUUUAUCUCAGUAGGGGACUAUGCCAAGUUGAAAGAUGGGGUUGGGUCAAGUGGAUUAGGUGAAAUAGAACAUAACAUUUAAUAAUACCCAAUUAAAGUUCCUCAGUAAGGAAAAAAUGUGUUUUUGUAGGCAAAAAGAACAUUUCUGAAGUCUCAAGGAAUAGCUUCCUAAAGUGUUGAGUGAAGAGGCUAAAUAAAAUGAGACUAGUUUAACAUACAGAGAAAAAUCCUUUAUGAAUUAAACAUGUGCUUGAUGACCAUGGGUUGUCAGUGAUUUGUGAACUAAGAGCAGCAACAAAAUUAUUUUUAAAAAUUGUAAAUCCUCUCUUAAUGGGUGGUUAGCAAAUGCUCGAAGUCCAUUAGCAGGUUUUGUUUUUUAUCAUCAGUACUUUUAGGAACUUUCUGAAAAUGUAAUGUAGCAGUAUCAAUAUACUUUUAGGCUUAAAAAAUAGUUUCCUGGGUAAGGAGUGUGAGAUAUUCAAAGAAUACAUGUGGCUAACAAGUUCACAUGUCACAUGAAAAUUAUCACAUUUGUGUUGCUACAGCUUUCGUGUGAAAUUUAGUUUAAAUGCAGCUGUUGGUGUACCUUAGUAUAAUUUUAAUCCACAGUUACACCAUUGAUACUGAGAGGUGAUACCCGAUGAUCUGCUCUAUAACUUUCUUAGAGUGAAACAAAAUCUCAAAGUAUUAAUAGCUCUUUUCCCCUUGAAGGUGACUGAUCCUGGGACAGUUAGAAUCUUUAGAAUGUUCAGCAGAUACUUCAGUAGGAUACACAGCUUUUCUUCCAGUGAAACAAAGUUCAUAUCAUCCAUUGUUUUUCAAGCACGUGACACUAGCCUCAAAGUAAAUGACAUGACCAGUGGUUGAGCAGUGUAAUUUUCAAAUUUAAUAUAGAGCAUAUAACUUCUGAUUUAAUGGUAUUUAUUUAAAAAAUUUAUGUUUUCAUCAUUCAUUUGGAAAUGAAAAAAAAAAAAAGCCCCAAAGUGAGAACUUUGGGGGAGGGCCUAGAACAUGGAUUGGUCUCUUAGUGGUCUUUCCAAAAGCAAAUGUACUUGAAAUAUUUUCAUUAUUAUACUAUUCUUUGGAAAAAAAAAAAAAAGAUGCUUACUGUAUACUUGUUUUCAGGCGUCCUCUAAAAUCAAAGGUUUUGAUCACAAUAUGCAGAUUUCCUCUUGAUAGAUACUUAAAUAGACCAUUUCUCUCCUCUUGUUGGCAAUGCCUUGUUUUCUCCUCUGAAUAUUUGCAUUUGAAGAGAUUGCUUCCUGUUCUGCUCAUUGAUCAAAGGUAGGGCCAUUUAAGGAUUCUAACCCUAACCCAGCACCACGGAGCCCCGAGCAUCUUCCCGGCUGGCAGGAGGAUGCCAUCUCUGUGGAGAAGGGGCUGGGGCGGGCAGUCCUUCCCCUGCCACGUGGAGCAAGGCCCUGCCCAUGCUGGGGACUCUGGGAAGGAACCCAGUGUUCUGGGUUGCUCAGCCCUCAUUGCAGUGUUUCCUAUUAGAAUGUUAGUGGAAUCUACUUUGCAGCUCUUUGUUCAGCAAUAAGGAAAACUCUUUCAAUUCCUGCUCUUCAAGCCAAUUUGCUCCACCCAGUUGUCCUUCCAGAAGUUCAUCCCAGCAGGAAUAUGUUGGUGUUUGCUCUUCUUUAGGCUUCACAUCUGUUUUCUGAUAGAAGUGAGCACCGUUCACUUGUGCAGUCGUCUUGCGUUCCUUCUUCCUAGACGACUCAGCUCUUUGUAAAUGUUGUGCUCAACUUCCAGGGGCCAGUUCUAGACUUUGGAGAUGCAGUGUCUCCCAGGUGUGCACAGACACCUGGGCCGUGGAAACAGGUGUGAUGGGCACAGGCUGCUGCCCUCUGUCUGCUCGGGAGAUUUUCCUCUUUUUCAGCUGCUCCGCUAACCCAGAACGGGGAGAGAGUGUUCCCGUGGUUCCCAGAGCCCCUCCCGUCGCACCGCUCUGAGGCCUGCUGGAUCCUGACUUAGGCUUCCUGCCACCAAGCAGGAAACUGGAAAGAGAACAUUUCAGUGUCAGGUCUGUUCCCAACGGCAUGGAUUAGCUUCCAUGCUCUGCACUUGUCCUUUUCAUGGUGUCGGACACCAAGGAGGUUGUUCGCCCAUCAGGCAGGAUUGGAUGGAGUCUUGGUGUUUUGCCUACUCAGGGACCAAAAACGUGUCAUUGACUCCUUAACAGUGACCUUCCUCCCAAGGACAUAUCCAUGUUCAUUUUUCAUCAGUUUUACUCAUAUUCGUAGGUAGAUUCUGUUAAUGUGAGUUGGGAAGAAAAGACCAAUUUGCACACCAGUCACACACAAGACAGUUUUUCAUAUAAAAUACCUCAAUUUUUUGUAUUCCUCAUUUCCACCUCAUAGUUGUACUGGUGAUGAAUUUUAAGGGUCUGUCCUUUAGCUUAUAGGUGAUGUUUCACAUCUGGCCAGAUUCUUAUACCUCCAUUGUAUACUUGAAAAGGUUCAGAAUUACAGGAACAGCAAUGAGAAUUUGGCCCACUAUCGCUACUCAUUUGUUUUCAUACACAUUCCUCACAUGCAAGAAAAUAAUUAUAUUUUAAGAAAAUGUAACUUUGUUACAUUAAAAUAUGUUGUCUAGUAAAAAGUUGAUAUUCAGUAGAACAAGGAUCAUGUAAAUAAACAUCUAUUUCACAUGUACCCAAAGCGUUUAAAAAGCAGAGUCUAGGGCCCAGAGCAUGAGCCAGGGAGGAGGAUGUUUUUCUUCUUUUCUGUAUUUUUCCCUAAAUUGUGCAAACAUAGGUGAGUCUCUUAACCUUUCUGUGCCUCAGUUUUUCUACCUCUAAAGGGGUGGGAUGGUUCUCCAAAUUGUUUCUAAAACACCGGCACUUUCAGCAGCGUUCUGGUGGCCUGAGCUGAGAGCACUGUGUUCAGAAGUGCCCGGGAGUGGCACAGUGGAAUCCGCUUUCACGGACCAUGGAGUCCGCUCAGGACCGUGCUGUAGAACACACAGCCUCACGUGCUGAGAAAGCAAAGGAAGCGCUGAGUGUAAAGUUUGCAUGAUUCCAUGAAGCUUUAGUUUUCCUUUUUUUGUUUUAAAAGAAAGGGUUUUAUAUGUUCUAUUGUAAAAUAUGGAAAUUAAACAGGGACUUAAGAAAGCCGCACAGAAAGAUCACCUUCUGAUGGUGUGAUGGGCUCCUGACAUUUGGCCGCGGUCUGUAUUCUGAAAAAGAUGUAAUGGCGUGUGAAACACAUGGAUUCUGUUACACUGGAUUUGGAAUAAAUGAUGCUGAACUUCCUGCUUCCAAGCAGCUCAGCCCUCAUGCUGAACUGACACCAGGCGAAUGUCAGGGCUCCCAAACCACUAGUGCCAAAGGGUCAUGUUGAAAAGUUCAGAAUAUUUAUUUGUCAGAAUAUAAUAAUUGCGCCCCACCUUAGUAUUUUUGCACUUUACAAAAAUUUAGGUACUGUUUUUCAGUGGCUUGAGUGUUUUGCCUUUUCAAAGGAUAACUGAUUUUCUUGAAAAAUGGAAUAUAAUCAUGAAAGAGAGGAAGAUGAUUUAAAAAAAGUCAAAUGUUGAUUGGUUGUGUAAAAGUUUUGUCAUAUAAAUGUAUUGGGAAGCUUCCAAUUAGCAUACAUAGACACAUGUGUCCAUGGCUAAGACCUGCUUAUAUUUUGCUUUAUAGAUGUAGUCAUAGCAUGUUGUUAAUUGCCUCAUGUAAAUAAAAAGGCUAUUAAGUUUUCCAGUAAUAUUUAUUAAUCUGUAUGUGUUUUAAAAUAAAAUAACUUAUUUCUAGCUGAA